UCUCCCUCUCUAUAUCUCUUCCAUCACCCAUCUCCAACUGAAACUCUACACAAAUUUCCAUUUCUUGGAUUCAAAUUCUUACAAUCUAGAAUAAUGGCCGAUCGUGUUCAUCCAGCUGCUCAUUUGGAUCACUCCAAUACGCCUCCUGCCACCGUCAAACAACCAGUCUCUGACGAUAAGCCACUCUUACCUCAAGGAACCUACGUCAUCCAGAUCCCCAAAGAUCAAAUCUACCGCAUCCCUCCCCCCGAAAACGCCCGCAGAAUUGAGAAGCUUGCUAAUCAAAAACCUCGACGGAGCUGCUGUUGCCGCUGCUUCUGUUGGACAAUCGCCACUGCAUUCAUCCUUCUAAUCCUCCUCGCCAUCUCCGCUGCCAUCUUCUACUUAGUUUUUCGGCCUGAAUCUUUGAAAUACUCGAUCGAUAACAUCUCCGUAGGAGGCAUCAACCUGACUUCGUCAACGCCGGUAUCCCCACGGCUGGCUGUUCAUAUCAAAUCAGAAAAUCCUAACAAUAAGCUUGAUGUAUACUACAUCGGAAAAGGAAGCUCCGUCGACGUGUAUUACGCCGACGUUAACUUAUGUAACGGCGAGUUACCGACGUUUAAACAGCCUGCGAAUAAUGUGACGGUGAUUCAAACGGCGUUAAAGGGAUCGAAUAUUACGUUUGCGCGUGAUGUUCACUCCCGGUUGGUGAGACAAGAGAAGCAACGGAAUGUGCCGUUAAAGUUGAAGGUGAAGGCGCCGGUCAAGAUUAAAAUUGGUGCCGUAAAGACGUGGGAGAUAACGCUUACCGUCAAGUGUGACGUGGCUGUUGACUGGUUCACUCAGAAGUCAAAGAUCGUGUCAAAAAAUUGUGAUUACAGGGUGAAGCUGUGGUAAAAAGAGUUGGUAGCUUCGAAAAUGGGUUGGAUUGUAAAGAUACCAAAAUAUGAAAAUACACAAAUUUUAAUUUUACAAAUAUAUUCAUUAAA